AUGGCCCAUGCUUCUUCAGAAAUUCGAAUUGCUUCUCCUCAAGAUGGAUCAGAUGAUUCAGAAGCCUCCAUUAGGUCUGCACUGUGCGAUCACACAUACCCCGGGGACUCGGAAUUGAGGUCUAUGAUAGAAGAAUAUGCCUUUCAGGCCUUGUGUGAAGAAACCUUGAUAAAAAGACCACGUUACACGUUUUGUACCUCCGAGCCAGAUGAAGAUAAUGAUUUCCUUUCUAUGACCUUUCCCAGAAAACUGUGGAAGAUCGUGGAAAGCGAUCAAUUUAAGUCUAUUUGGUGGGAUGAGAAUGGAACCUCUAUAGUGAUUAAUGAAGAUCUCUUUAAGAAAGAAGUUUUGGAAAGAAAGGCCCCCUUCAGAAUAUUUGAGACUGAGAGCAUGAAAAGUUUAGUUCGACAGCUUAACCUUUAUGGAUUUAGUAAAAUGCGACAGAAUUUUCAAAGAUCUGCUUCUCUAGCUGACUUUCUGGCAGAAGAAAAAGAAGUCUCUGUGUUAAGCAAGCUACAGUUCUUUCAUAAUCCCAAUUUUAAACGAGGCUGUCCCCAACUCCUAGUAAGAAUGAAAAGAAGAGUUGGGAUUAAAAAUGCUUCCCCAGGAUCUUCAUUGUUUCAAGAUUUCAACAAGAAGCCCUUUGGAGCAGAUGAUCAUGUGGAUCACCAUAAUUCUGGUUUUCUUGCUGAAACAAGUGAAGAAAGUGUAUUUCCACACUCCACCAAUGUAAAUAUGCCUCUAAUAAGAAAUCCUGCUACCAGCCAGAUAAUUGCUAAGACAACUGCUCAAGUGAGAAGUAAUUUUUCACCUCCAUCAUCUACUUUAGUUAGACCAUCAGAACAAAUUGUAAUGGACCGAUAUGCUAUUUCAAACCAGCUGACCACUUUCCCUGUGCAUUCACACAGCAGCUACACUCAAGCAAAUACCCGCAUGGUGAAUUUCAUUACAACCACAGCUUCUUCUCAGAACCACAUCAUUUCUCCCUUACAGAGAAGUUAUUUUGAAAGGAUGGUGCAGCCUUCUACUUUUCCAAAUAGAUAUUCUUACUCGUCGGUCAUUGAUGGUCUUCCUCCUACCCUGCAGCCAGCAGGCAGCCCGAGCUUCCCAAUGCCAUUGAUGGCGGAUACCUCUGCCGCCCCCCUCUCGAGGCCAACUCCUCAAACACCUUGA